AUGACUGUGUAUCCCGAUCCCCAUAAUGUCGACGACAUGCAACUUCGGGGCGUCUACAUCAACCCCAACUUCACCUUGAAGCAACAGGUGAUCGAGGCCAUCGGGGUCAUUCCAUGGAGUCAUACCUUGCAGGUCGGUCUGUAUGACAAUGUUCCUUGUCAAUACUACGAGAGCCCUGGACCCUUGUUCAUUGUGAUCCAUCCCAAGAACCGCAAGAUCGCCGUGGGUCGCUUCGUUGCAAACUCGCCUCGUGAUUCCGUCUUUCGACUGAUUUCUGUUGCGUCUCCGCUCGUGCUAAGUGGUUCCGAGUUCAGUGUGCAGACCCUCAGAAAUAUCUGGAAUACGCUUUCCACCGAGUUUCCGCAGGACUUUGGACCCGCCCGGAGCUUAAACCCUCUUGCUGCUGGACCACUGGCCGCCGGAGCGCAUGCCGUUUUGCAACCGACGCAUGAUCAGCAUAGCUCUUGA